AUGACAGCACGACUCCCCAACCCAUCAUUCGUUUUUCCAGCGAGAGAUCCUGAUGAGCCGAAACAACCGCUACCUCUGCCCGCAUUCUCUUUUAAUCCAGGCGCCGAUCUUCCGCCUCAGCCGUUGGGGCCGGCCCCUGCAGGCCAUCGGACGAUGAUGGGCCAUCGUCGACGUCCCAGUGAGCUCUUGGGAGGGGAAAAUAUCUCGGAAUCCACGGCUCAGCCCUCAGCGGAGGAACCCGUCAAACUCCCCACGCCAGGCCCAGGCUUCAGUGCGCCCUACAGACGAUCACAUGCCCACCGCCGCUCCGCAGCCGUGUCGAACGUGGACAUGUCUAUCAUUCGACAGGCCUUUGAACCCAAACCCGUCGUGGGAAGUGCUCCGUGUACACCUGCGGACAUGAGACAUGAACAUGGCUUCGCAGAUGAUAUCUCUCGACCCUUGUCGUACUCGGCUACUAGCUUGAGUCGACCCUCACCGCCGAGCUCCCCCUUACUAUUACCAUCCAAUCGUUCCCCAUCACAUGCCAAACCUGCCUUCACCCACCACAGACGUCCCCUGUCGACAAUCUCCUCUGAGACCUCGGGCAGCUACGCCACCACGGUGCAGCUGGAUACCGUCCCAAAGGAGAACGGCCUACCCUUCAAACCAACGCCAAAUGUCGCCACGGAGGCGCCGAAAACCCGACCGAAGACUGCCGAUGCUUCCUUUACCCUGAACUUUGACGCACGCCAGGGCUCUCGGAAUUCCCGGCCGCUGUCGACUCCCGGUCAUAGCCGCGCCAACAAGAGCACGUCCGGCCUACCAGAGCUGCUUUUGAAGGAAUCCCGCUUUCAUGAUGGCACUUAUCUGACGGAGGAAUUCGGCCGGCUAUCUUCCGAGGAAGAGUGCUCCGAUGUGUCCUUUGAGCUUCCCCGUGAGUCAUCAGAUUCUGUCGCAACUUUAUCAUCCAAGACGGAGACGACCAAGUCGAAGAAGAAGCAAAAGAAGGUUCGCUCGUGGGCCGGUGCCAUCUUGACACGGGGCAAGGGGAAGCGACAUCCCUCCAACAAGAAGGACAACGACGAUGCAGAUCUGCCAGAUCAAUCAAACACGCCUACGCCCAUCAUCACCAGGACCAACUCGGACCUAGGAUCGGGCCUGGACGUCAACUUUGACGAUGACCACAUCAUCGUCCUUCGAACGCCAACCAGCUCCAACGUCCCCGAGCCCAGUCCCCUCGAUGUCGAUGCGGAUGGCUCCCCGUCGCUGGACAGCGCCUGGAAACCACGGAGCUUCUACGAGCAGACCAUCCAAAACGACGUGACAAGCCCUGUCAUCGAUCUCGAUGCCGCGUUGGGCCCAUUCAAUACCCCCGACAUGGCUUCGGAUCGGGUGGUUGGUAGUGGCUUCUCCGCCGCGACGAAGAGAAUGUACAGUGGGGGACGCCGGGGAGAGUUUGUUGGGCCGGAGAUGCGCUAUCAUCGCCGUGCCGAGAGUGCGCCCGAAAUGCCCCCCUUCGACCGGAGUUUCCUGGUCAGUGCUCGUUUGAAGAACAGCUCGACGAUGUCUUCCAUAGCCGAUAACGACGUGUUUUACGAAGAGGAAGAAGACGCCUUCUUGGCGGCAGGCAGUGAGUCGGGUGAAGCCGAUGCCGGGAGCUCUUCCUCCCACAGCCAUGAUCAUGAGGGCACCCCUUCGGAUGCCGGCGUUGCUGCCGACAAGGAAUCCGUUCGCAGUCAGGCUAGUUCUGAUACCCUGACCAAACAGAGGGUCAGAUCUAGUUCGACGUCGCGAAAUCCGGGGCUGGGAAUUCAGGAACAGGAUGUAGCGGAUGAACCCUCGGCCCAUCCCAUCAUCGCCCAGCCCUUCGACCAUAAAGAGGACGACGAGGCGCAAACACAGACCGAGCAGCAGCCUGGCCCAGCAGUUGAUACGAUCAUCACCGACCCGCGCCCGAAACGGCCGGAUGCCAUUGAGAUCAUCAAACAGGAAGACUGGCACCCCAAGUGUCCGGGUCCUCCUAGUCCCGAAGUUUCGCCUCGCUUUGUCCCGGUUGAUAAGCGCCCGUCCACUUCUCCCAUGAGUUUCCCAUGCAACGCCCCUCAUCUCCCACCCCCAACUGGCUCGAUCUCCCCUAGCUCCUCAUUCCCGUCUCCGGAUUUCCAUUAUGCCUCUUCGGAAGCUCCCCGAUCCAUCACCACCCCAUCUACCUCCGACCGAAACUUCUCCAAUCUGUCCUAUAGCACCGACCAUUCUCCAGAUUUCCCCCAUAACUCCAUGGACGAUGUGCCGUCCUUGACCAGCAGCGCAUCGACCAUGGCCAACACCAUGCACCGGUUCUCCGCGACCUUCUUCGGCAGACCGCGACUAUCAAGCGACCGGGCGGCUUCAUUCUCUGCGAGCGUAAACCGUCGGACGAGCCAAGGCAACGUGACUCCGAAGCGGUCCAGUCUCGCCAGCCUGUCUAAGCUUGUUGUCGGGACGCACGCCGAACGGAGCAAACUCAGCCACGAGGAGAAACCGCCCGUGAACGAAUCGGACCCGACCAGCAAGAAGAAAGGACGCCGCAUCAGCCGGCUCAUGCACUUCUGGAAGGUCAAGGAGCGAGAACGGUCGGUCGAUACUGUGUACCAGUCACAGCAGCCUCCGCCAGAGCAACGGCCCUCCAAAUGA